AUGUCAGGAAAAGGUAAAGCCUCCGGUUCAGAAAAAGCUUCAACUUCAAGAUCAGCCAAAGCUGGUUUAACUUUCCCAGUUGGUAGAGUUCACAGAUUAUUGAGAAAAGGUAACUACGCUCAAAGAGUUGGUUCAGGUGCUCCAGUCUACUUAACCUCAGUCUUAGAAUAUUUAUCAGCUGAAAUCUUAGAAUUAGCCGGUAACGCUGCUAGAGAUAACAAAAAAUCCAGAAUCAUCCCAAGACAUUUACAAUUAGCCAUCAGAAAUGAUGAAGAAUUAAACAAAUUAUUAGGUGAUGUUACCAUUGCUCAAGGUGGUGUUUUACCAAACAUUCAUCAAAACUUAUUACCAAAAAAAUCAGGUAAAGAUAAAGCUUCUCAAGAAUUAUAA